AUGAAAGCCCUCCAUCAAUUAGCUCGUCCGCGAGCGCUACCUGCCUUCGCUGCUUCUCGUGCUCAGAGCGCUCGCUCGAAUCGGGUAUGGCAAAGGUGCUUCAGUGUCACUCGGACUGCCUCUAAGGCUGCCCGCCUGGAUGCCUCGAAGCUUACCAUCACAAAAACGACUACACCCAAGGAAUUAUUACCCUCAAAGGACCUUGUGUUUGGGAAAAACUUCACUGACCACAUGUUCACCGUUGAAUGGACUGCGAAGGACGGCUGGCUGGCUCCGCAGAUCGUUCCCUACCAAAAGCUUCAACUAGACCCUUCAGCCUGUGUGUUUCACUAUGCGUUCGAAUGUUUUGAGGGAAUGAAGGCCUACAAGGACAACAAGGGCCAGAUUCGAUUGUUCCGACCCGACAAGAACAUGCAGCGCUUGAAUAAGUCCUCUGCGCGUAUUGCCCUGCCUACUGUGGACGGCGAGGCCCUCACCAAGAUGAUUGGCGAAUUGGUCAAGCUCGAUAGCCGGUUCAUUCCUGAUACCCGGGGCUACUCACUGUACCUGCGACCCACGAUCAUCGGCACUCAGAGCACUCUCGGUGUUGGCCCACCAGGCUCUGCUCUUCUCUUUGUUAUUGCAAGCCCCGUAGGUCCUUACUAUCCGACUGGAUUCAAGGCUAUUUCGUUAGAGGCGACAGAUUACGCCGUGCGCGCAUGGCCCGGAGGUGUAGGAGAUAAAAAGCUAGGUGCAAACUAUGCCCCGUGCAUUGUUCCUCAACUGGAGGCAGCUUCUCGAGGAUUUCAACAGAACCUGUGGCUUUUCGGAAAAGAGGAGUAUGUCACCGAGGUUGGCACGAUGAACCUCUUCGUUGCGCUGAAGAACAAGAAGACCGGCAAGAAGGAACUAGUGACUGCCGAUCUCGACGGCACAAUCCUCGAGGGUGUCACUAGAGACUCCGUGCUGGCUCUUGCUAGAGAGAGACUGAUCCCCAAGGGCUGGGAAAUCUCCGAGCGCAAGAUUAGAAUGUCGGAAGUCGCGGAGGCUGCCGACGAGGGAAGGUUGCUCGAGGUGUUCGGUUCGGGUACAGCAGCCAUUGUCAGUCCCGUACGAACGAUCAGCUACCGUGGCAAGCUUGUGAACUGCGGCUUGAAGGAGACUGAAGAGGCUGGAGAGAUUGCUCUCCAGAUGAAGACCUGGAUCGAGGGCAUCCAGUAUGGUGAUGAGGAGCACCCAUGGAGUUAUGUUCUGUAA